AUGUGUUUCGCCCAGUUAAAACUAAACGUUUUUUCGACCAUAUCCGAUAACUGUUUAUACGCUUGGGAUUGCGAAUCCUAUUGCGAAAAAGAAACGAAUAAAGCCAUUCCUUAUUGUUGUACUUUAGUUAAUUUAGAAAAACUGAGGAAAAGGUUAGAUGAUUAUAAUAAUUAUAUUAGUGAUUUAAGUGAUACUCUAGAUUUUAAGCCGGCAGAUCCCAUUUCAGAGGAAUAUUACAACAUACUCAUGACUAAUAUAGUAGAAAUAUUUUUAGGUACAGAUUGUAUAGAUCAAAUGUUACAACGUUUAGGAAAAGUAGAUGAAAAGAGAUUAACAUUGAUUUCUCAUAACGGUAGCGGUUUUGACAACUGGAUUGCACUUCAAAGCGUUAAAAAACUAACACAAUGUCCACUAGUAGUAGAUAAUAAAAUUCUUUCUCUUCCUUUAUCUAAUCCAUAUACAGAAGAAAGAUUGCAGAAAAAAUGGAAAAGACAGAAAGAAAUGAUGAGUAACUCUAACUAUUUACAAAAUAUAUCUUUCACUUGUUCAUUUAAACAUCAAAGCACUAGUUUGGCGGCCUGGGGAAAUUCGUCUAAUCUACCGAUGAAUUUGAGAAAGAUCACCGAUAUUAAUAUUGCAAAAUUCACCAAAGAAACCUGGGAAUCUUUAAGACCCGAAUGGGAAACUUACGCUAAAAGAGAUACGUUGUGUCUCGGAGCUUGUUUGAUAAAAUACAAUCAAGCAAUGAAAAUAACUGUCUUCCAAAACGUUUCCAAUAAUCUAACGGCGCCUUCUUUAUCUUUAAAGGGUUGGUAUUAUUUAUAUCAUUACAAUAAAGAAAUGGUUGAAAAACCAUAUUAUGAAAGGACAAUUCUCGUUCCGAAACACACCGAAAAAGAAAACGUAGAAAAAGUUUACUCACAUACUCAUCCUUUUAUAAGACAUUUUAUCAGACAAAGUAUUAAAGGUGGAAGAGUCUCUGCUAAUAGAAAAUCAUUUGAAACGGAUAAAAUGAAUGAAAUCUGUACAAUAUUAAAAGAAUACAAUGAAAGUGACACUGAAGGAAUAAUAAAUUUAUUCAAAGAAUACAGUGUUAACCCAAAAGAUAAAACAGAAGUUCAUGCUAAACUCAAAAAACUGGACUAUUCUAAACUGGUGGCAUUUGACGCUAAUGGGUUGUACGCUUCCGCCAUGACAGAAGGUGAAUAUCCUAAAGCGGAAAGUGCCAGACCUGUUCGACUUGAGGAAAAUGAAAAAUUUGUCAAGCUCUUUAAUGAGCAGAAAUUCAGACCUAGAACUGCUAUUUUAAUAGUCUGGUUUAAAUAUCCUACCAACAUGUUCUUUCAACCCAUACCAGCUAAAGAUAAAAUAACUUUUACGAAUAGAAUAGGUAAGAAGGAAACUGGGAGUAAAAUCAGGUUCAGAAAUGGUUUCUGUCACGACGUUUCAACAUCGGUUGAUAUUCAAGAAAUAGUGAAAGCCGGUGGUAAAAUUAUUAAAAUACUAGAUGGAAUAGUUUACGAAGAAAAUUUUAAAACUCCCCCAUAUAGAGAUUAUAUUUUAAUUUUGAAGGAAUUAAGGAAUAAAUACAAAAAAGAAGGAGAUAUGGUUGUUAGUAAUUGCAUGAAAUUAUUAGGCAAUUCCUUAUACGAUGGAUUUUAUAAGCCUGAAAUAUACUAUACGGAUACCGAUAGUUUAUACAUUUCGUCUAGCAAUUGGGAUAAAUUAAAUGAAGCUGGGUUGGUGUCUGAAAACGAAUAUAGCAAAGGGAAGAAUGAUUACGGUGAUGGUGGAAUCAUAUUUGGUUUAUAUUUAGCGCCAAAAGUAAAAUACAAUAUCAUUCUAACUUCCGAAGGUGUUUUAAAAGAAAUAAAAACGUUUAAGGGUUACUCUAACUAUAAGAUUAAGGUGGAAGACUACAUUCAAUUAGCUAGCGGACAUGACGUAACGAAUGAAUUUGAUAAACCUUGGGUAAAAAGUUUUACUGAUGGAAUAGUUAUUCCAAAUGAUAAACAAAAGAAAGUUUUCAGAAGUUAUCUGAAUCUCGUUAAGAGAAAAGCACCAAACAGUGAAGGAAUCAUGUAUCCUUACAACAACAAAGAUGAGAUGUGUUUGGAUGAUGAUUAUGUAUCUGAUGAUUUUGAUUAUUUUACGAAUGUAUCUAAUGAUGAUCCAUCAGAAUAA